CAGAUAAUCACUCUUUCGUUGCGGGCUGUUUAGAUUCUGUUCAAUUCUACGGAUCGAAAUCACAGAGCGACAAUGCGGGUGCUUCUUGUCUGCCUUGGCUUGGCGUUGGUUCUUGCUUUAGCAGAAGGAGCUGCUUUUCAACGUACCGGGAAAAAUACUGCAAGAACAUCCUUGCUUGCAGCGAAACUAGCAUCCCUCCGCGGAUUCAAGAGACAGGGCGGCCCUACGGGCGAUAGUGGACAGAAUGGAGAAAAUGGCGAAGGUUCCGUUGGCGUUGACGGAGACGGCGGUAGUAUGGGCAGUUCGACAGAAUAUGAGCCUGCGUUCUCUUACUAUUUAUGGCUUGAUGACCUGUGCAGAGAUUUUUCAAUGAUGAGGGGAUAUAUUUCAAAGAACCUCUGUCCACCACCAACGAGCGAGAAUUCGUUGACAGGCGCACUUGACGUCACUUACGCUAAAGAUAUCUGCCCCAGAGUUAUCGAUCUAAGUGACAGUUUCGUCGAAAGGGGCCUAUUGAAAGUAGAAGAUGAGACCAUUUGGAUCGCCAUCGAUGGGUUUUUGCAGAAACACCUGGAUCUAUUUAAAUGCAGCCUUGCACAUGUCGGUGCCGGAAUCAGGGAGUUAUUCGGUGGAUUGGACGAGGAAGCCCUUGACGAGGAGUUUUUUGAGUGUUCUCUAAAGCUUGAAAACUUUUCGGAAGAGGAGAAAGCAUUUUACGAGGAAGUAGGCGAGCUUCACAAAAUGGUAGAGGACCACUUCAAUGACAACCAAGGAGAGAAUCCAGAUAAAAAGAAGCUGCGCUCGCUGCUGCAAACCAUGUUGCGAAAUCUGGAGAAACGGCGCCGCUAGACGAAUAUUCCGCUCAACAACUCGAUACCGUUAUAUGGACAACGAACUUCUGGACAGCGCACUGACAAUUACAAAACAACUAGAACUUGACCACUAGAAACUUGACCACUAGAAACUUGACCAUCCACUCAGUUUAUACCACCUUGACUUUGGUUGAAUGAAGUUACAAUUCAUUUUUCCAUAUAUUCCCCACGACCAACCAUAUAUGUAAAACAUUUCGGAUCAGUCUUUUUUGUUUCAGAUUUGCAAUGCCGAUGUCAGUGUAUUAUUAGUGUGUUUCCUUGCUCGAUCGUACUUUCUGUUUACUGUUUCAAUGUUUGUAUUAUUGAGUUAUGUGUUUUAUUUUUCAUAUUUUUAUUUUAUAUUUUUUAAGCCAAUGGAAAACGAGUUUAUGAUCUGCGCGCACAUGUGUAUAUAUCUUGGUGUUUAAUUUCUUUGCAGGGACUUGUUCUCAGAUUUUAUGAUUUCACCAGUUUUUUACAACUUCAUUUAAAUCGAUUCAUUGUCCGUACUGUUAUUUACAAAGGCCACCCAGCAACUGGCAAAUACUCAUUUGAACUUUUUGUUACAAUAAGCUUAAAAUUAUUUAAUGUUUAAUAGUGUACUAAGGUUUUAUGCAAAAUCGAGUAAUUUAUUUCGUAUAUUUUAAUACAAGUUAACAAUAGACCUCUUAUUUGAACCAUGUUUAGUCAUUUGACGAGCAUUUCGAAUUAUGAUUUUUAUGUCGUUAUCUGACCCAAUAAAACGUGCAUGUAUGUAUAUUGUAGUCUCUUACACGGAUUAACCUUCCGAAAUCUUCUUUGUUUCAAUAAAUAUCUAGCACUGAA